CGUCUGCUUGACUUGCGAAACAGAGAGGGCGGGGAAGGGGGAAAGGAUCACAGAGUUGUGGGGAGUGUCGGAGAACGCAGGUGUGGAGAAUUCAUGGCCGACGAGUUGGAGAAGAAAGCCGCUGGGGCCUUCGUAGACGAUAACUUCGAACUAGCUUGCGAUCUCUACUCGCAGGCCAUCGACAUGGACCCGACCAACGCGGACUUCUUCGCCAAUCGAGCACAAGCCAAUAUCAAGCUCAAGAGAUACACAGAGGCUGUUGCUGAUGCAAACAGGGCGAUUGAAUUGGAUCCUUCAAUGGCUAAAGCUUAUUUGCGGAAAGGUACUGCAUGUAUCCAACUUGAAGAGUUUGAGACAGCGAUGGAAGCACUUAAGAAAGGUGCUUCGUUGGACCCAAAGAACAUGAAGUUCGGUGAUUUGAUUGAGGAGUGUGACAAGGGCAUUGCAGAAGAGGUGAGUAAUAGCUGUAAGUCAUUGGUUCCCAAUAACCAUCUGACUGCUGUUUCUUCAUCACUUGGAUUUCUGUCAGACGGUACCAACACUGCAAAUGGACAUGAUGUUAGACAUGGCUACAACCAUACAAGUUCAGAAGUGUCAGUUCCGAAGCCAAAAUAUAGACAUGAAUACUACCAGAAGCCUGACCAAGUUGUCUUGACCAUUUUUGCCAAGGGAAUAUCAUCAGAAUAUAUUAAGAUCGAUUUUGGAGAACAGUUGUUAAGUGUGAUCAUUGAAGUUCCCAAUGAGGAGAUUUUCUGUUUUCAGCCACGGCUAUUUGCCAAGAUUUUGCCUCAAAGGUGCAGGUGUACCAUUUUGUCAACAAAAAUAGAAAUUCGUCUUUUCAAAGCUGAUGAAUCUAUUAAUUGGACAUCUCUCGAAUACAAGGGUGGAGUAUCUACUUCGCAGAGGCUGCACUCAUUGUCUGUAGAGACAAGACCCCGGCCUGCAUAUCCAUCCUCGAAAAGCAAGGGAACCGACUGGGAUAAGCUGGAAGCUGAAGUUAAAAGAGAGGAGAAGGAUGAGAAGUUGGAAGGAGAUGCUGCUUUAAACAAGUUGUUCCGUGAUAUAUACCAGAAUGCGGAUGAGGAUACCAGACGCGCGAUGAAAAAAUCUUUUGUGGAGUCAAAUGGCACAGUGCUGUCAACGAAUUGGAAGGACGUUGGCUCAAAAACGGUUGAGGGCAGUGCUCCUGAUGGGAUGGAGAUGAAGAAAUGGGAAUACUAGUGGUUUUAUUCUCCAUCUCUGUUUUCAUGGCAUGGAGUGUUUCGGGAGCAAUCCUGUUUUGUCUCUUCUGUUUUCGGUUUAAAUGUGAUCAAUCUGUUGGACAGAGACUUUCCUGCCUGCUAAUUUGUCUGUCCAUAGUUGAUUUUUUGUCAGUGGGUUUGAAGAAAUAAUUUCCAUCCUUCUAAGGUUGAUUAUGUUGGUCUACUGGGGAGGGGCCUGGCUUCUCCGAGUCAUGUAUCUUGGGAUGUUGAGAAAUUUAUUUGGUGGUCAAGCUGUGUUCAUUUCAA